UUCGUGCUAAUAUUUACUACGGACAUAUAAGCCACAAAUCUAUUGGCUUAGUCCAUCUCUGUUCAACAUACCAAAAAAAAAAAAAAAAAAUAUUUACUACUGUUUAUUAACUGGACAUAGUAGCCACUAAUUUUAUUGGAUUGGUCCAUAUUAACUCAACAUCCAAAAAAUACAAAUUUUGGAAAAGAAGGUUCCAGAAUAUGGCCGCUGAAGCAAGUUCAUCGUCACCUUUAGGGACGCAAAAUGGUCCAUAUUCGACACCAAUAUGUAUGAUUGUUUUGGGUAUGGCCGGUUCUGGGAAAACCACGUUCGUACAGAAGCUAACGCAAAUCUCAUUUGAGGAUCGUAACCCGUACGUGAUUAAUCUAGAUCCUGCGUGUCGUGAGACUCCAUAUCAUGCCAAUAUUGAUAUACGGGACACUGUCAACUAUAAAGAAGUUAUGAAGCAAUACAAACUGGGUCCGAAUGGCGGUAUAGUUACAUCACUAAACUUGUUUGCUACCAAAUUUGAAAAAGUAAUUGAAUUAAUUAAACGCGCUGGACAACAAGGUCAUGAAUGGUGUAUUAUCGAUACUCCUGGACAAAUAGAAGUUUUUACUUGGUCCGCAUCGGGUACCAUAAUAACUGAAGCUUUGGCUACUAUGUUUCCUACGAUAGUUGUAUAUGUAAUGGAUGUGGUACGCUCCGUAAGCCCCACCACAUUUAUGUCCAACAUGUUGUAUGCUUGUUCAAUACUAUACAAAGCAAGAUUGCCUUUCAUUGUGACCAUGAAUAAGAUAGAUGCUAUGGAUCAUGAUUUUGCUGUCGAAUGGAUGACAGAUUUUGAAGUUUUUCAAGAAGCUUUAGAAUCUGAACAAACUUAUAUAAGCAAUUUAACGAGAACCAUGUCAUUAACUUUAGAUGAGUUUUACAAAGAUUUGAAAACCUGCGGUGUUUCAGCCAAAACUGGUGUGGGAUUUUCACGUUUCUUUGCGUUAAUAGCCGAAGGGGCUAAAGAAUAUGAAAGUGAUUAUAAAGCUGAAUAUAAUAAAUUACGCGAGCAAAAGUUAAAAGAACAAAAAAAGCAAAAAGAAGAUGAACUCAAAGCAAUAGCUAAAAGCAAAGGUUCCGGUGAAGAAGUUGCCUUGGCACAAUUUAUAGAGGAGGUGUCUGUCGGCCGUGAACUAAGUGAUAUUUAUUUAAAACAUCCAGGCAAUGAAAGUUCUGAAGAUGAAGAAGGAGAAGAAGCUGAAGCACCCACCUUUAACGAAGACCAUGUCGAAGAACAAAAUUUCCAACAAUUUGUACAACAGCAUAAAAACAAACAAUGUCGCAUUGAUAAGCAAUAAAACGUACAGAAAAGUGUUUAUUUUUAAAUAAAUGUAAUUGUUUAUUAAAUAAACUUGGGCUUCUCUUGUGAUUGGUGGCAUUUUGCAAGCAAAUUUUUUUAUAUGUAAGAAUUUCUCUUAAGGAUUACAGUAAAAGUAAAUGAAUACUUCUUGUAUGGAAUGAAAAGUUUCUCUCAGUGUCCUCAGCAUGACGGCUUUGAAGGCUUAAAAACUAAUUAUGUAGCGUUAAUAAUUUAUUAAAUAUGUUUAUAUAAUAAGCAUUUUUUCAAAUAUUAUUUUUCACGUAAGAAGCUGAGCUAAACUAAAUUUUUAUAUAUGUAUAUCUAUUGUUUUUUGUAUAAAUAUUUAUUAUUCUUAUCAAAUUAGUUAACCAUUUAUCAUUUAUGUUUUUCUUAGGUGUUUAUAUGCAGUUGUUAUUAUGUGUAUAUAUAUACGCGUUAACAAGCUAAAAAAUAUUUAGAGGCUUUUUUGUAUUUUUUUCCUUUUUAAAUAAAUUUGUAAAAUUAUUGUUUCAAUAUUUAUGCGAUUUAUGCAAAUUAUUUUUAAAGAUCGUAAAUUAAUAUAAGUCAAAUAGUUGAUAUAUCUGCCUUUAUAAUUAAAAAAUGUGGUUUCUGGCAAUGCUGUUUAAUAUUAAAACCUGCUUUUUUCACAAACACUUUCUCUCGUAAAUGUCUUGUUUUGAAAUAAUUCCAUCAAAUAAAACUAUCAAACUUUAAUGGAAAAAUUUUACCAAAUAUGUUGAUAUAGAAUUUAAAAUUAAAAACAAAAAAUCCUCUUUGCUUUUAAGAAAAAAUAAAAAUAUCAGUCAAUGCAAUCGUAUUUGUGAAGGUGUUCUAAACAAAAGAGAACAAGCCCAGCGAUAUUGUUAUUGCUUUAAACAGCAUUUUCCGGUAAUUUCAAAAGAGUAGUUCUUAAUAUAACGAACACGCCCUGGACGAGUAUUUUUAUUUUAGAGUUUAAAACAAAAAAAAUGUUUUUUAUAUAAAAGUAAUUUACAAAAAUAUAUAUAAAAAAAUUGAUGAAAUAAACUGUGUUUUUGUAAUGUCUUUCGAACAGAUAAUAUCAAGCUAUUUUUUGCUGUCAAGCACAUUAUACUCUUAAAUUUAUCUGUUUAGAUUUGUAAAAUAUGCUUGUAUAUAAAACCACAAAACUUGGGCCGGAUAUUUUUUGUUUUUUUUUUUGAAAUUCCUAUCAAAUAUUCCAAGAAUUUCUAAUAAUACAUUUUAGUAUUUUAUUAGUAAAACGCACUUAACUUAAUAAGUGUAACUUGCAAUAUUAAGAAAGGCUUAUGAAAAAAUGUCUCGCAUUAAAUUCCUUUUUAAUCACUGCUUUGCUUAAGCUAUAGUUUGCAAACACAUAUAUAAAUAUUGGCUUUCUGUUUGUUUAAUACCCACCACUGGCGAUAUGUCCACCGAAGUCAAUAUUCGUUUUAGUCUCAUCCGUUUUUCGAACCGUUUUUUAAAAUACCGAUAAUUUCAAAAUUUCCUCUAGAGUAUAUAAAAAUCCUAUUUCCAAUCAUAUCUUACAUGAAGAGGGGAAACAAGUGAAAUCGGUUUAUUACAAUUCAAAAGUUGGAAAGUUAAUCUUCAUUAAUGUUUGCGUUAUUACAUUAUGCGCACGCUUUUAGGUUAUGUUAUCUCUAAUACAUAUAAUUUGCUGUAUAUAGUUUAUUGCUUUUGAAGAGCAAUGCUGCUGCAAAAGUAUUAUUUUACAAUGAAAAUAGGCCAUACUCUUGCAUGUUGCGUAAUAUUAAAGUUUUCAUGAAAUGUAUAUAUGUUUGACAAUUAAAUUCUUUCAAUAUAUUCAACCGAGUGGUGGGUAUAAAGAAAAAAAUAUUCGAUCUAAACCGAAAUAAGCCUUUUGGUAUAUUUUCAGUUUUUUUUUUCUUAAGUAAGUAAUUGUGCUUUUCAUAUAUUAAAUACACACAUAUAUAUACUU